GGUGUCGCUCCGCGCCUGCUGCUGCUGCUGCCGCUGGCGCUGCCGCUGCCGCAGCUCUAAGCUCGUUGCUCUUCCUCCUGGCACAGCGUCAUGUUGGUUCACAACAGAGCUGUGCUGAGCCGCUUUUCCCUCGAGAGUUUAUGCCUCUGCAUGGACAGAUGUGUGCCGAGCCAUUUCUUCUCCUCCCGCUUAGCCAUUUUGGCUCCUCUUUGAAGGAUAUCGGUAAGGCUCUUGUGGCUGGAAACUGCCUUGACCACAACACCUGGAUUGCCUUGUACAUUUGGCUCCCAUGAUGCUUGGGUUACAGGGAAAUACUUCGUCCUCCAAAGUGUAUCGUUGUGUGGCAUGUUCAGCCACCUUCACUGGACUGGCCUCCUUGCUAGUACAUCAGGCAACCCAUGCGAGUGCACUGUCCAAGGUCCCCCCCCCUCCACAGCCUAACAUCAGCCCACAUGAAGCACUGUUUGCAAGUAUGGACUCGUCCAGUGAGCACCCUAGUCCACCAACACUCUUGCCUGAGAGCCCUUCACCUUCUUUUUACAUUUGUGAUUGUGGAGAGGAAUUUCAGGACUUCAGUCUUAUGCUGGAGCACAAGCGUUCACAUGUCUCUCAAAUUCAGCUACUGCAGCCUCUGGAUAACAAUGUUCUCUCGAGUGGAGCAGGGUGCAAUCGCGUUUUUCCCACCCAGCACAUAUCAUUCAGUCCAACUGUAACCCAGUCAGGUUUGGUCCUUAGUUGCCCCUCUACUUCAGGAUCUCCACCUGUCAAACUGCCCACAUUAACAGACCAUAAAGCAGAUGUAAGCCUGGGGGAUGGCAUUGCCAUCGUAACCACUUCACAAGGCCAGGGUACCCCCCCCCUAAAUGACAGUGACAAACAACAUGACAACAUGUCAGUGCCAGCAGAGCAAAUACCGGAGACUGUAGAGCACAUGCAUUUCCAGGACAAACCCGAUUCUGUUCUCAGCAGUGAAAAGGGAGAGAGUUUGCCCAAAAAUAAUGCCCUAAUGAAGUUGCUGGCAUCGGCGUACAUGAAGCGCUUUUCACCUCUUCAGUCUCAGAAUCAAAAUGAUAACACAGUUACCCCCAAACAAGAAGUCGUCCCUGUUGAUAUAACACCAGGAACAAAAACUGCGGUGUCUCAGAUCAACGAUCUCUCUAUUGCACAGUUGAGGCGACUGCUUGCAAAACCCGGUAUAAAGACGAAAGCUCCAUCCAUUAGCAGAAUCCUGGAAUCCAGUAAGAAGAGGGUUGUCUCUUUGACUAAGACUUUCUCACCUGUUGUGGUUCUUGAAACCCGUCAAAAGCUCAUGGAUCCAAUGGGUAAUGGUACAUAUGGGAGAUACCAAUGUGGCCGCUGUCGUAGGAUCUUUCAAAACUUGGACAGACUGACAGAGCAUCAUUUCUUGCACAAAAAAGAGAGGAUUAAAUGUUGUCGUCGCUGCAAGCAGCUGAUCAUUGGGCGGCUACCCUUACCUGACAGUCACGUAUGCCCUCAGUUAGGAAACAAGACCAUACAGCCCUCAAGUUCUUUAAAAAACAAGUUACCAUUUGCCCAAAAAAUAGUUCCAUUCCAUAGGCUCAACAACACAAAAAAAGUUUUCUUUUGUCCAUUGUGCAAGCACAGCUAUGCACGGAGGUGGAAUCUCAAAAUGCACAAGUGUCAGGGCACAGGGUCAGCCCUCUCUCGGCAAGCCAAUCCCCCCAUUCAGAAAAUGCUAGUAUUGAGAUCAAACAGUACAGUCAAAACAGAUACAGAGGUUAAAGCUGAAUCUCAGUUUGUCAAGAGUAUUGCUGUGGGCACUGAAGUUACUGGUCGCAUCAAGGUAGAGGUGACCUCUCUAAAUUCAGACCAGUCUGCAGUUUCACAGGUGGCCUGGACUAAUCCAGCAAAAAGCUUCUCACCAUUCUAUCCCAAACCUUCAGUGAUGGAGCAGCACAAGGAUGCCUCUCCGUGUGGGAUUUCACUCCAGCAAGGAGAAGAAAACAGCUGGGAUGCCGCAGCAGUUGAUAAUGAAGACAGCAAUGAAGGGCAGUGGACAAUGCCCUUGGAUGAUGAAAUGGAGGUGCUUAGUUCUGCAGAGAAAGUUAGUGAUGACAGAGAGGUGAAGACAUCAGUCGAACAUGCAGAGAUGAUGCCCACUAGCCUGCGCUUCUUUGUCAGAGAUGGUGUAAAACGUUACCCUUGCAACAGGUGUCAGAAAACCUACAGUCGGGCAUCUACUUUGAGGCGCCAUUUACGGUUAUGUGGGUUCAGGCCACGUGGACUUGGGACUAUAGCACAGACUGGCAGUCAGGGUGAUAUUCCGCUAAAUUCAAACAAUAUGAAACCAAUGUUUGCUUGUUUUGUGUGUGGGAAGACUUUUAAUCGCAAAGAUAACAUGAUGGUUCACAGUAAGAAAUGUCAGUUGCACCGAACACUGGCAGAUGUGGAUAGAGGAACUAUGCAGCAGAGUUUGUCGGGCAAUCCAACAGAUUGUCAAACCCAGGAGGAUGAAGGAGGCAACUGGGGCAUCAUGUCACUGCCCUCUGUACUUCCAAGGAGGGUGACAUGCGAGUGUGGGGUCGGAUUCACAUCUCCAAGGCUUCUCCUGGAGCAUCUGCAGAAACAUGCCCAGGAAUCCUACACAUGUCCGACUUGUGGAGAGACUGUUAGUUCCUGGGCAGACUAUGAAGUCCAUCUGCAGAUCCAUAUGCAUCCUCACCACCAGCUGCUGAAAGGUCUACAACCACAACGAUCACAACCUCUGCUACUUCGAUUUCAGCAACAGCCACCUCAGCAGCAGGCACCUCAGUCAGUGCAUCAACCUCCACAGAAGCAACCAUGCCCAGAGCAGCUUCCAAAUCCCACAAAAAAGCAGCAGCGGAUUGUAUGCACACGAUGUGGCAACACUUUUGCCACUCGUUGUUCCCUUCGAAGGCACAUAUCUUGGAAUCGAUGCAAAGGUGGACGGGCUACAAAUCUACCCACAAAUCUACCAAAAACCUAUCACUGUUCCCACUGCAACUCUGAUUUCCCGAAUACAAUCAGUCUUAUAUUUCACCAGAGGAGUGGGGCUUGCAAGCCCACCAUCAAGCCUGUACGUUGUCCUGUCUGUCUCCGCUGGUUUGGCACUGUGGAUGGUUUGCAGAAACACCUGCUUACUCAUAAACAGUCAGACUCAUAUCGCUGUGACGUCUGUCAGGGUACAUACCCAAACCUUAAAUCACUCAAAAACCACCGCAGGAGGAUUCAUCGAAUCAUGGCUGGAGACACUAAGCCACAAACACAAGAACAGCUGACUUCUUAAUGACACUGAAAAUGUCUAACAUGGGAGUGGUGCAUUAAGAACAGAGCGUAUCUUAUAGUAUAGUAGUAAAUAGUCUUUCCAUAUUUGCCAGGUGUACUUGUUUUUUUACUUUCCAGGAGACAUUGAACAGCUGCAUAAGGUGAUGUUUUUUUAAGCAACUCUUGGGAGUGUGUCAUAGUAGCUUGCCACUGUAAAAACAAAAGCUUUGAUAUACUGUGCAUUUUAGUUCUACCACUUAAUCCCUAUAUUACAUAGCAUCAUUAGCCUGUAAAUGUUUGAAUAUUUGGUAAUCAAACUUUUAUCACAGAGGUUGUGAUGUAGCUUGUUGUUGUUCCUGGUGUUAAUAAACAUACCAGUAUGUGAAGUGUGUACAUUACAUCAUUUUGUGUGAUAUGGGAUCUUAUAUCUUCUUUAAAGGCUUUAAAGCAAAAAUUUGAAGACUAACACAAGAAAAGUGUGUUGUUUUUUAUACAUUGUGUUCAGAGCAUUUAAUAUGAAAAGGUAAAAUAUCAGUGGUAUCAAAAUGACCAAGGUUUUUGUUUCUCAAACGUAGGUAAAUAACUGCAGGUAAUAAAGCCUGGAAUGUAUCUUUUUACAGCUAUCCAAGCUUCAGGUCUGGGUUUUUCUCAUCAUAAUUAUCCAAACAGCCAUUAGUCCUGCUUGGUUAGAUGGACAUUUUUACUUAAUAGAAAUGUAUCAGCUUUAGUGUGAAAUGAAUGAAUCAGAAUUAAUCACAAUUUAAUAUGCUGUGUGCACAAGGUUUUAGUGUGAGGUUGUUAUUCAAAAAGGGAUUUAAUUUAGAACUACUUCACAACUCUGGUGUUCAUUUUAGAUUUAAUUGGGCAUAUUUCUAAAUUGUGUAUGGGGAAUAAGUGGACUAAUUAAUGAAAUAUUGUCUAUCAAGACUGGAUUACCAAGCAAACAACUGCUGCAGAACUCCCGAGGUCCCAUAUACUCCAGGCUUACUGUGCGUUAAUGUUUAUUGGAAAUUUGAGAUAAUGCACCAAUGAAGCACAUCAACUGAUAUGAUAAUGGCCAUAAAGUGGCUCCUGUUUUGUAAUCUGUACCUAAGGCUGUGUCUUGAUGGGGGUACCUGUGUCAAAACCCAGUUUUUAGACCUUCUUUAUCUAAUUUCUGUGCUUGCAUGUUGCAUUAUUCGAAAUUGUUGUGUUCAAUCAAAUCACCACACAGCAAAUCUGCGGCCAGUCAGUAUUCCAGCAUAAUAAAAACUGUACACAUGGCACAGAGUAUGAGGAACAGGGCUUAAUUGCAGGAACUAGCAGGUUAAUUCAGCCAUGGUAUUUAUAACUUCAACAUUAUAAUGUUGCCACACAGGUGGGUUAUAAGUUGAAUGCCAAUUAACAGUAAAUGUCAGCAGAGGGUAAUAUUAUUUUAAAGUCAGAUUUUAAAGAAAGCUGAGAAACCUUAGGGGUGGGGCCCUAUUUGCCUUUGGUAAGGGGGAAAAGGUAUCCCAAACUGUACUGGCGAUUAAAAAAUCAUCUACAGUACAAAGUUAGAGUUGCUU